CGCCAUCACUCACAUUCCAGCAGCCUGCUGUGACGUCAUCUGAGUCACAGGAAGUAGGAUAACAGGAAGGGGGAUGGUGUGGAGCUUUAAAUCACGAAUAAAAAAAUCCUGUCACAGUGCGGACAGAUGAAAGACGACAUUAAACCUAGAUCUCCAUCCUCCGAUGAACAACACUCAAGUUCUCUGGGACAUCAACAAACUGUGCAUAAUGUGGAUUGCAAGAUCUGUGGUGACAAAGCUUCUGGCUUCCAUUAUGGGGUACAUGCAUGUGAAGGCUGCAAGGGUUUCUUUCGGCGGACCUUGCGAAUGAGGCUUCAAUAUGAACACUGUGAUCGCAACUGCAAGAUACAGAAGAAAAACAGGAAUAAAUGUCAAUAUUGUCGCUUUAAUAAGUGUCUGAGCCUGGGAAUGUCCCACAAUGCAAUUAGGUUUGGUCGAAUGCCGGAAACAGAGAGAAGACGUCUUGUACAGGCUACAACCAAGGACUCACACUCUCCAGUGUCUGAUCUGGUGGCUCUUUCCCAAAGAAUCCACUCUUCUUAUAUGAGUACAUUCACUAUGACAAAGAAAAGAGCCCGGGAUAUUCUGACUGGCAGGAGUAGCAUUUCGCCUUUUGUGAUACACGACAUGGAAACCCUAUGGCAAGCGGAAAAAGGAACUGUUUGGGACCAACUACCAACACAGGACCCUCCUGGAACAGAGAUUGGAGUUCAUGUAUUUUACCGUUGUCAAUGCACUUCUGUGGAGACUGUUCGGGCACUUACUGACUUUGCCAAGAGUAUUCCAGGUUUCAGCACACUCUACCUCAAUGAUCAGGUCACACUACUUAAAUAUGGAGUUCAUGAAGCAAUAUUUUGUAUGUUGGCCUCACUAAUGAACAAGGAUGGACUACUUGUAGCAGGCGGCCGUGGCUUUGUAACUCGAGAAUUCUUACGCAGCCUUCGACUCCCUUUUUGUCACAUCAUGGAACCCAAAUUCAACUUUGCCUCUAAGUUCAAUGCACUGGAACUAAACGACAGUGACCUGGCACUCUUCGUGGCUGCGAUCAUCCUAUGUGGUGACCGCCCCGGCCUCAUGAGCCCCUCCCAGGUAGAGGACAUCCAAGAGGGAAUCCUAAGUGCUCUCGGGCGUCAUCUGCAGACAUCUCACCCAGAUGCACCUUUCCUAUUUCCAAAACUGUUACACAAGAUGGCUGAUCUGCGCCAAUUGGUGACUGAACAUGCAGAGCUUGUUCAAAGUAUAAAACGUACUGAAUCCAGUGCAUCACUGCAUCCUCUGCUACAGGAGAUCUACAGAGACAUGUACUGACUAACAUAUUUGUAAUACUAACCUGCAUAUAUUGAUUCCUUAUUUAUAUCUGAACUUGUAUCCUAUCAACAAAGCAUAAAUACAUUUCUUCUUAGCACUU